AACUGAAAUUUCAGUUAGUUCAAUCAUAAUCUGAAACAAUGUAAUGGAAAUAUGUGUUAACGGUUCACCUCUAUCAGAGACACAACUUCUUUACCAUAGUGAUAGUUACGAGUAUAUAGUGAUUGAAAAUAUAUGUACAGAAGGUAGUUUCGUCUGAACUAUUUCCAUUCGCAGUUUCCGAUGUGAAAGCACUGUUUGUGAAAUCGCAAUCUUCGCUCACAGUUUGUAAAAAGAUUUUUUGUCUACGGUCAGUAACUCUAGUAAAGAAUAAAAAUCCUUUAGUAUGUACGGUGCCUUCAAUCCAACUGGGAAUCAUUUCAUCCCAGGUGGUGUGAAAUAUUACUCUCCCAUGGAGCUUUCGAAAAUUUGCCGUCAAAACCAAGAAUCUCCUUCGGCCAGAGAAAGUGAAAAUUUUCUUCAAUUACCUAGAAAUGGUGAAAUUAUAGAACAGGAAAGACAAAGAAGACAUCACCAAGAAAGAGAUGUGGAUGAAAAAUUGAGAAGAAAAAUCAAUAAAGAGAGAAGGAAGAGUAAGAGGGAGGGUAAAGCUGGAACAUCUUUUGGACCUUAUUAUAUGAUAGCGAAUCAAGAGGACGAAGAAAAAAAAGAGAGAAAACAUAGAAGAGACAAAAAGAAGGAAUUUUCGGAACUGAAUUAUUAUGAUCUCCAAUGUUUAAUAAAUGACUGUAAUAGAGAUACUAGUAUGCCAUCGAAUUUGAAAAAAGAUCGGAAUAAUGAAGUAAAAAAACAUCAGAGAAGUCAUAGCACCGAUCAAAUACCUACAAAGGAUGUUUCUUCAGAUCAAAGAGUGUUGAGAAGACCGGAAAGGCCUAGGAGUGCCGAUAGGAGAGAAGAUCCACAAAUGGAAAAAAAUAAAGAAUUUUUCCUGAAAUAUUAUUCCCAGAAUCAGCCGAAUAAUCCCAUGCCUUUUUAUGAUCAGCGAGCACAACAUUUCAUGCCACCAAAUCAACAAACCCCUAUUCAACAUUUACCGAAAAAGCAUAAGGAAAAAUCUAAAUAUAGAAAAAAAACUUUGAGAGAAGAAGAUAUGCCCGAAUUCGUCACUCUCAAUCAGAUAAAUGAGCAGACAAUGAACCUGAGGGAUGAAAAGUUUGAGCAGCAUAAAAACAAGUGGGACCCAGAAAAAAAUAUCCGACAUCAUCAGCAACGUGAAUUUUAUGGCGAAUAUCAUCAACAACAUAAUAGAAAUAACUUGGACUCCCAAAAUAAUGAUCAUGAUUUGAAUACCUUCACACAAAAUCCUGAAGAAUAUAAUAAGAUCCUCCAUAACUAUUACCAACCUCCAAUGACAAACGAAGUAGGUAUUAGUAAAACAAAAAAGAAAGAGAAGAAGAAAGACCGGAAUAAAGAGCACAAGAAGAAAGAAAACGAUAAGGAGUACAAAGCCCUGAAAAAAUAUAUGAAAAGGCUGGCGAAAGAACAGAAAAAAGAAACAUUUUAUUUCACUACGAAAGAUAACGGCGAGGCAGUUGCACCAGUACCUGAUAAACGUCAGAAUAAAAACAAGAAAUAUGCAGAGGAGAAUAUGCAAAUUUUCGAACCUGACUCGAAUCAGAAUGAUGCAUUAGAUACAACGAGAGGAAACAAACAUGCUAAAAAAGAAUUCAUUCCACUAGAUUUGGGCGUCGAGGAACAAGAGAUAGCUCCAAAACAUCGUAAGACUCAUGAUCAUAAAAAACAGAAAACUAAAAGAGAAACAAUGAAAAGAGAGUCGGCCGAAAGAAUGAGAUCAGCCAGUUUAACGAUUAAAGAUAAACAUAAAAAUUUGAAUAAUAUCCUUCAGAAAAACGACGAAGUUGUAGAAGAUAUGAAUGGCUUGAAAACGAAAUAUAAAUCUGAGACUAGCUUGGAUUCUACAACGAACGAUAAAAAUAUUGUUUGUAUUUACCAAAGUAAAGAUUCUCCAGACGAGAAGGAAGACGCAACCACAGUGAAACUCACGAAGAAACAAGAAUGUGUGUCUAUAGAAACCGGAAAAAAAUAUCACAAAAAGGAGGUACCAGACAAUGCAGAGAAAGAGAAGGAACGAUCACCGUAUAACAGAACCCAAACGGUCCUUCCUACUGAACAUAAAAAACAAAUGGCUGAUAUACUGAAUACGCAGGAACGAACUUUAUUGUUCCAGAAAGCUAUGAAGAGAGAUUUUCCAUCGAGGCCAAGACCUAGGUUGAGUCGUUCCAGACAAAGGUCCUCUAGAUACCUAGCGAAAUUAGAAGAUGCGAAGUACAAUAACAGCAGUAUAAAAAUUGAUGAGAAACCCACGAAAGAGGUUCACUGUUAUGAUGUGGGAACAUCUACAAUUCUGGACAAUAAUUUCGGGGAGGUACUAGAAUUACUCAAAGGGGAACCAUCAGUGAUACCACCGUGCACUAAUAAGAAAAGAUCAGUUUUUCAUGUGAAGAAAAAUACUUCCAGAGAAGAAUUGGAUGAGACUUCAAGGAAGACUAAUGAUAACAUCGAACAAACAACCUUGGGAAUCGUUGUAAAAGGUAUAGAGCCCCCUAAGAAAAUUGAGACCUCGAAAGUGAGGAGUAGAUUCAAGUUUCCUUCCGAAAAGACCAAAGUCAAUAGGUUAGAAUGUAAAAUACUUUCAGUGGUAGCAAUUGCACCAACCAAAUUCGAUAACGAACAAGACGAAAUCGAUCGGAACCUGAUAAAAACACAGUCAACCCCUCAGAUGCAACAUGAAACUAUUUCCACCGAAAUACGGAAUCCAUCCUCAGAUAAGAGAUUAGAAAGAUUGCUCAAAUAUUAUAAAGUCGAAGCCCGAUCGAAAAUCAGCCAUCAUGCUAAUGACUCCCAUAAAUCGAUAAAAGAAUUGAUUGCUGAUAAACUCAGUGAUUACUUGAAGAAACUGCAGGAAAAUGGCAGCGAUGAUAUGUUACAAAUUCAAACGGACGAUCCGAAAGUUGUUAAAUUGGUACUACCAAUCGAAUUCUCUGGUUUAGAUUGUACGAAGACGCCAGUUCCUCAACAGAAAAGUUCAGAUCAUGUAACUAAGAAACCUAAAGAGAGUUUUUCAGAUCUUUACAUCAAUUAUUCAGCUGGAAAUAAUGCAGAGGAUGAGGAUUUCUUUAAUCUCGAAGUACCUAAAGAUAUUUCUGUUAAAACAUCCAAGUUAGUACAAGAAGCCAAUAAAUCCCAUUCUGAAAACUUUAAUUCCCAUCAAAGUUUCGAUUCAAAGCUGAACGAACCAAAAUCUAAUCAAAACUCUUUUAACUUAAUUGGUACAGAGAACAGGAGAGAAUUCACUUUAAAUCCGAGAAUGACUGAAAAUAGGAAAUCAACAGAGGGUGAUUUAACGAAAGAAUAUUCAUUUUCUGAAAAACAAAUGAGUCAGAAUUCCUUUCCUAAGCUUCCUGUUCAAAAUACACAACUUAAUAUUGAUAGCAACAAUAACUAUCGAAAACAUGAAGAUGAAUAUUACAAUUCUGCUAAUUCCCCAAUUGUUAAUGUGUCCGAACGUUAUUGGAAAGAAAACAUGAAUGGGACGGAACAGGCCUACUCGACUGGAAGGGAAAAUUCGGAGUAUAUUAGAAGCUCACCCUCUAACAUGGUAGAAAACACUCACCAACAACAAAUGAACGAGAUGAUUAUGCUAAAUUUGACCCAGGAAGCGAAUUCGAAUGCACCUGCUCCUGUAUCACGACAAAGUAACGAAAAGGUUUCUAUGGGUAUUCCGAAGUCUGGUAAUAUUGAGUGUAAGAAUUACUUCCAAGUUGAAAGGGGAAGAAUUACAGAUCUUUAUAAUAUUGUUGAAGACCGAGUCGACAUGAAGGAGCUAACGGAAGUAAAUAUCCAAAGACCAUCUUAUAAUUACCAACAACAACUUUCAAGGAAUGGAGGAUUACAAUUGAAUGCUGCAUCUUCUCCAGAUGCCAAUGACGUUAAAAAAGAGAACGAACAAAGAUUAUCCUACCAGUAUAACUCACAGCCUCUUAGAAACGAAGGAUUACCAAUGAAUUUCGGAUACUCUAUAGAUGGGGAUGACAUAAACCGCGAGAACGACCAAAGGACUCUUUAUAAGUACCAGCAGCAGCUGCCAAGAAAUGAGGGUUUACUACUGAAAUCAGGAUCUUCACCAGACGGUUAUGACAUUAACCGACAGAGUGAACAAAGGCCACCUUGCAAGCAUCAACCACAGCCUUUAAGAAGUGACGGACUACAACUGAAUUCAGAACUUCCACCAGACAGUUGUGACAUAAACCAAGAAAACGAACAUCAAUCUUACAAGUACCAAUUACAGCCUUUGAAAAAUGAAGGAUUGCAAAUGAAUUUAGGAUCAUCUCCUGAUGGCAAUGAAAACGAACAAAGGUCACAAUACAAAUUCCAGUCGCAACCAUCAAGAAACGAAGGAUUUCAGUUGAAUGCAGCUUCUUCCCCAGAUGGUAUCGACGUCAACCGAGAAAAAGAACCAAGGCAACUUCAUAAGUAUCAACUACAGCCCUUGAGAAACGAAGGAUUACAAUUCAAUUCUGGAUCAUCCCCAGAUGGCAAUGACAAAUAUUGUGAAAACGAACAGAAGGCAUUUUCCAAGCACCAAUCACAGCCUUCAAGAAAUGAAGGAUUACAAUUGAAUUUAGGCAGUGAAAUCAAUAAUGAGAAUGACUACUCUCAUUUUUCAACACCUCGUCAGAAAGUUACACUGAACAAAUCCUAUGACGAAAUGACCAAAUAUACUUGUAAAAAAGAAAAUGAAAAUUCACUGCCUGGAAACGGAAGUGGAAUGUUAGUGAAUAAAAAUCACAGCCAACAAUAUGGAGAUGAAGAUAUAUCUUUUUCUUUCAAUCAAAAUCAGAGGAAUCCUUGUGUAGCGGAUGAUUCCGGGAAAAAUAAUUCCCAAAUGCGUCAAAUUCAUAAUUACAAAUCAAGUGCGGAACAUAUUGUUCCGUUGAAAAAAAAGACUGAAACUAGUUGUACCAAUGAGAGGAAAAAGAUCGGAAAGACAAAUAUCUCACAGUCUCAACAGCAACCUGUCGAUACCACAGCACCCUCGAAAAAAUAUGAGUAUUUCGAAAUUCCUCCGCCACGAUCGAAAUCUAACAAGAAACCCACUUCUGGAAUACAUGAUGGAAAAUUAGCCACAACUGAACAUAAGGCAGCUAAGACCUCUCAAAUUCCUAAAAGAAUUAUGAGCUCAUCAAAGACAAUGGAUAAAGACGAUAAGCAAUCCCCCUUGAGGACUCGUAAGGAGGACUCGUGUGCAGGAUACGAGAAUUUAGGAUCCAUAACAUGGGACUACCAAAAGGACGAGAGCGCUUUAGACAACAGUCUUCAAAAAUGUUUACAUUGGAAUAUUCGGAAUUCUGAAACUAUCGUAAUGAGCGAGUUCAACGACGAAGUGCCAAAUAAGACAUCUGAAAUAGGAAGGAACUCAACUCUUCCAAAAAAAAGCAACAUUCCAAUAUCGAAAAAAGAUCAGAAUAAAACACAGGCAAAUAGAGGAAAAUCGCCCCCUGCUGGGAAAGACAAGACCCCUACGAUGCUACUGACUAAAACGUUCAAGCCACCUGGUCAGAGUUCAUACGAGAAGAGGAAGAUGUACGAUACGAGAAUAAGAAAAAAUGUCAAGAGAAGAUCGCUGAGCGAAAGUAGUCCACCAUGUAAAAUACCACCUCUAGUAUAUGAGGUCAGGUAUUGCAAUGUAUACAACCAAUGCUCACCAUUCGAUCCUGCAGUUCUUGGAGGAUCAAAAAGCGAUCAAAGCCUUAGUAUUUUUUCAUCGGAAUUCAACGCAAAUGAUUUCAAAAAAAGCAUUGAAUCCCUUACAACUGCCCCAUCUUGUUUUUUGAAAUCGAAUAAAUACAAGGAAGAAGAUCUAACAACAGAACCCUCUUGUUUCUUAAAAGGAAAUAACUAUGAAAGGGAUGAGAUGAAUUUGUCAACUGAUCCUUCUUGUUUAUUGAAGGAAAGUCAGUAUUGUCGGAAUAAACAACAAUACGAGGUGUGCUUAUCAACUGAACCCUCAUGCUUAUUGAAAGAGAGUAGGUACAAGUUUACGUCCGGUCAAAAACGGGUUCCAAGGAGCAUGAAACGAAUUCCCAUUGAGGAAAAUCAGGAUUACGAAGAAACAUGCAGUAACUAUUCAUCGAAAAGUGACAGAAUAAAAGAGUUAAUCAAAGAAAAUUUACUAUACGUGAAAUAUCCAACACCAAAUAAGAAGAUAAAACCUCCCGGUGAAACGAGAAAGCGGAAAAAGAGGGUUGAAAAAGAAAAAAGUCACAUAGGAAGUAAAAUAUCGAAUAAACCCAAGUCAAAAACGAAAAUCACAUUGAGGUGUACCAAAAAGUCUUCAAAGGAAAAUGGAAAGCGACUUAAGAUUAUUGCAAGGCUAAACGAGAAGAGAGAUGAUGAGGAGAGUGACGAACGACCAGAGAACCAAGAUGAUCAUAUUUCUCUAUGUCAAAAUUUGACAAAAUUGUCAAUUGAUAAAGUCAACGGUAACGAAUUUCGCGUAUCUUUCGAAGAACUUAAAUUGGGGUCAGUGGAAGACGAAGUCACGUUUGGUGAAAAAUCAGGUGCUAACAUCUCUGCAGAUAACGAUUUUGCGAACGAUAGAGAGUCCAUAGACAAUUCGGUUUCUAGUAUAAGUACUGUGAUUAACUGCGAAGCCUGUUCUAGUGUUACUUCUAAUGAAUCGAAAGAAACCGUUAAGGAACGUGAAUUGAUCCAUACUUCCGCUGAUGAUAGUGGAUAUUUGACAAAAGGAGCUGACUUAAAUAAUAGUGGAACCACCAUUGAUAGUACUAACGACGGUAAGGCUUGCUGUUCGAAUAUUUUCAAAGGAUUUUCAAGCAAACUAUCUGAAAAGAAGAGUGGUAUACCAAAAUAUAAGUUCACGUCUACUGAAGAAAACUCUAAGUGGAACCAGAAAGAUCUGGUAAAGCUAAGAAUACAGCUUCUGUUUCCACACGUUUAUGACGAUUUCGAGCUUUUGGAGACAGCUCAAAAUACAGACCUGAUAAAGUAUUACGUCGAAUCGGAAAACGAUAAACUUAAGGAAGCCAUCGAUUCAAUUUCCCAAAAGGAAGAGAUGAAUACGAAAAGUAGAAGUGUUAUAAGUCUACCUUCUGUUAAGGUGAUACCAGAAGAACCCAGUGAGUUGCCAAUUAAUGGUGAUAAUACAUCUGAAUAUUCUUCAGUGAGUCAGGAAGGGGGAUUUUAUAACUAUCAGAAAUUCAUAGCCCAAAAUAACAUUUGCUAUUCCGCAAAUGUGCUAUCAAAAUUGAACAAGUCAGAAGUUGUUGGAGAUGGUUCAGAUACAGCUACUUUGAAAGACAAUGAUAUUUCUGAAACAGCCAGUGUUAAUUCUUGUAGUGUCUCUUCGGUGAAGAGUGGAGCUUCUAUGAAGAAAAGCGUUGUGGAGCUAUUCAAAUUGAGACCAUCAAGUGCGAAGAAAAGCAGCUCUAGUAUGUUUUCCGAUAAUGAAACUCUAGUAGAAGUGAACGAAUGCAAUAGUAUGAAUAUAAAUAUAUCUGACGAGGAAUUUUUCAAUAAUUUCCAUCAAAUCAUGUCAAUGGAAUGCCAGAAAUUUGCAAAGAAAGUGCGAGAUCAGAGUAAAGCCAACGAAGACGAGGAUGAAAAUCCAGAAUACGAAGAAAUUCCUCUUGACUGCCUUUUAAAGAAUAAAAACUUGAACUCUGAAAGUAGCGAAGAUUACUUGGAGCAAGAUUAUCAACUCGCUUCAGAUGAAAUUGGCAGUAAAGAAAAUGAAAGUAACGAAUCUACCAAGAAGGAGAGUAGCGAAUCAUUCAAAUCCGUAACUUGUAUCAAAGAAAAUGUUGUUAAACAAAAAAAGUCUAGCUCGAAGUGGCAGAAACUCUUGAAGAAGAAGAGUUCAGUUGCAUCGAAUUCGAAGAUGAAUCUCGAUUUUUAUCCGCAGGAAAAGAUGUCUAUACUCGACAUGAUACAAAGCGUUCAGGCUACAAGCAUAUCCGAUGAUGCCAUCAACCGUUCGCCGAGAGACAAAGUUUUGAACGUCAUUUCUUCAGGGGAGGUUUCGAAGCAAUCAGAGAAACAAUUUUUCGAUAACUUAUUAGCUUUUUACGACAAAGAGUCGGAACUGAUCAAGAAGUUGAUAAGGGAUGAUGAGUUUUUCUCUUCGUUAAUUGAAGCCAUAAGAAACACGGAGGAUAGUACACAGCUUAUCUUCCAGAGGGAUAGCCAGAAGAAGGCGAGAAAAGAGAAAAAAAAGGGUAUUUUGAGUAGGUUUUUCAGGUGGAAGGAGAAAAAGAGCACGGAAACUUUGUUCGAUAAUUUUUCGAUAGGAAAAAGUUUGGAAUUCGCGAAGAGCAUGAGCAACGAUAUCACGGCGACGAAUGGAGAGAGCUGUUAUUCUUUCUACAAAGAUCUCGACGACUACGAUAAAGACGUUAAUGAGGUGAAACAUCCAAAUUCGGAGUAUCUGCAGCAGUUGGCUUAUAAGGCGAAAUGCCAUCUUGAACCAAUGGUGAAGGCUACUAUAUCUAAUCGUCAUAUAAGCGAUAAAAUCAAACUGGCUGGAUUCUUGAAGAUGCUAGAUAUGGUGGCGAAAGGAGAUUUCACCUUCUUAAAUACUGGUGACAACAAAACGUUGGAGGAGAAGCUUAAGGAGCAUGUUGCCCAAAUGUUCGAAAAGGUUUAUCGAAUAGCAAACCAUGAAGUCAUACAGAAGGACUCCAUUUUGGAUAACGACAAAAUUCAACUACUGAAAAUGUUGGUCACCAAAUACCACAUGGGAAUAGAAUCGCAUUUGAAUAUUUUAUCGAUCUACAUCGGUAGAAGUUUAAUUGAAACCAAAGCGCAACUAGAAGAUGCGAUAAUAUUCCUUAUGGGUCAAGAUUCACAAGACAUCAAUCUGGAACAAUUCGAGAAAAAUUGUGGCAUUUCAUCGACAUAAAUCGAAAUAAAACUACUGAAUGAACUAAUUAAUAAUAUAAUUUCGUAUAAAAUG